AUGAGUUUAGAGUUCAUGAACACAGAAGAUUUUAUAAGUGAAGUGGAAAGUCGUCCCGUUAUUUGGGAUAUGAAAAGUGAUGACUACAGUAACAAAGUCAUGAAAAUGAAAGCGUGGCAAGAAAUUAUUACGAAGUUUGUGCCUGAUUUCGAUGAAAAGAGCAUAGAUGAAAGAAGCAAAAUUGGGACAAUGCCUCAAAGGAAAUGGAAGAGCUUAAGGGCCAGUUAUACCAGAGAGUUAUUAAGGCAAAAAACAGAAAAGAGUGGUUCUGCAGCAACUGGUAGGAAGAAGUAUAUCUACUUCGACCAGCUGCGAUUCCUAACAACUGACUGUAAGAACACUACUUCUAGUAUUGACAAUGAUGAUGAUGAAGACAGAAAUGAGUUUGAUGAAGGAGAAAAUUUAGAGCAGGAGGCAGGUGAAAAAACUGCUGAGCGACGGCAAAAAAGGCCACGUGAAAAGAAGAGUCUUGAAGAAGAAGAUAUCCUAUAUAACAUUUUGAAGGAAAAGUGCGCCAGAAAAGGCAAUUCAUCACAGCAAGCCGACGAAGAUAGCUUGUUUAUGCAGUCUUUAGUACCUGAAUUAAAAAAAGUUACCCAGUCAUGCAAGAUUGAAAGUGAAAUCAGAUUUGAUGAAUGUCAUUAUUAA